AAAUUGUUAGAGCACCGACAAAGCCUACUGCUCGACUGUCUCAGCAUCCAUGGAAAGUAUGCAACCGGAAAAGCAGCUGAACAUGUUGAGAAAAAUGCUAAUCCUCUCAGCAUUCCUAUCUCUGCUAGUGGUGCCUGCUGUAUCCGACCAUGAAGCGGUGGUGAAGUCCACCUGCGCCGCCACAUUGUACCCGGAGCUGUGCGUCUCCACCAUCGCAUUAGCGUCUCCCCCCGCCGCCUCCUUGAAGAGCAGCAGGGACGUCCUGCUCACCGCCCUCAACUACACCAUCUACACGGUGGAGCGCAACUUCUUCACCGUGAAGAAGAUCGAGCGGCAGCAGAGUGCCACCCUCACGCCGCGCGAGAAGGUCGCCCUCCACGACUGCCUCGAGAUGAUCGACGACACCCUCGAGGAGCUCCACGACAGUGAGCAGGAGCUCGAGGACAUGGGCGAUAAGAACAACUCCAUCGCCGCCCACAAGGAGAACCUCCUCACGCUGCUCAGCGCCGCCCAGACCAACCAGGAGUCCUGCCUCGACGGCUUCUCCCACGACGGCGCCGACGAGAAAGUCCGCGAAGCGCUCAUCGCCGGCCAAAUGCACGUCUUCCGCCUUGUCAGCAACGUCAUGGCCAUCAUCAAGAAUCUCUCCGAUACCGAUGAUGCCGCUAACCUCAACUCUGCAAAUGCUAAGGGGAGGAGGCUGUUGGGGGACUGGCCGGAGUGGCUGUCCGCCGCCGACAGGCGCCUGCUCCAGGCCACGACGGUGACGCCGGACGUGACGGUGGCGGCGGACGGGAGCGGGAACCACCGCACGGUUGCAGCGGCUGUGGCGGCGGCGCCGGAGGGGAGGGGGAGCAGCCAGAGGUAUGUGAUUAGGAUAAAGGCGGGGGUUUACAGAGAGAAUGUGGAGAUUCCGAAGAAGAAGACCAACUUGAUGUUCGUCGGAGAUGGGCGGACGACCACCAUUAUCACUGCCAGCCGUAAUGUCGUCGACGGCAGCACUACCUUCAAUUCCGCGACCGUUGCGGUUAUUGGCGGCGGGUUUCUGGCCCGGGACAUCACGUUCGAGAACAAGGCGGGGCCGUCGAAGCACCAGGCCGUGGCCCUCCGCGUGAACGCCGAUCUCUGCGCCUUCUACCGGUGCGACAUGCUGGCCUACCAGGACACCCUCUACGUCCACUCCCUCCGCCAGUUCUACACGGGCUGCUUCAUCGCCGGCACCGUCGACUUCAUCUUCGGCAAUGCCAACGCCGUCCUCCAGAACUGCGACAUCCACGCCCGCCGCCCCAACGCCGGCCAGCGCAACAUGGUGACGGCCCAGGGCCGCGACGACCCCAACCAGAACACCGGCAUCGUCAUCCAGAAGUGCCGGAUCGGCGCCACGUCGGACCUUCAGUCGGUGCAGGGCAGCUUCCCGACGUACCUCGGGCGGCCCUGGAAGGAAUACUCGAGGACCGUCGUGAUGCAGUCCGACAUCAGCAACGUCAUCCAUCCCGACGGCUGGUUCCCGUGGGACGGCAACUUCGCGCUCGCCACUCUCUUCUACGCCGAGUAUCAGAAUACUGGCGCCGGCGCCGUGACCGCCAACAGGGUCACGUGGGGCGGCUUCAGGGUGUUGACCAGCGCGGCGCAGGCGCAGCCCUUCACGGCGGGGAAUUUUAUUGGCGGAGGGAGUUGGCUACAGGGGACGGGCUUCCCCUUCUCUCUUGGCCUUUGAUUCCCGUUUUCUGUAUUUUCACCAUUUGUAUUUUGUUUUGUGAUUUUUUUUUUUUUACUUUCCUUUUUUGGGUCUUGCGAUUCGUAUCUCCACAAAUCAGUUGUUAGUUUGCUGUAAUCAUGUUUCAUUGGAAUAAGGCUGAUUUUAUCUAUA